AACAAAUCUCGCUAACUAUACCGUUUGGUUAAAAAAAAAAAAAGGGGAGGGGAAAAUGACGGAGUCCAAACUUUGAUUAGCCUUUGACUCUUGCCGCUCACCACUGCAGUGGGGGUCGCCGUAAAACCUAACACCUCUCUCUCUCUCUCUCUCUCUCUCUCCCUCCUGUUGUUGGCCGCCUCUCCCAGCUUAAAUCUUUCUCUCCUGUCAUUCAUGGCGGAAGCCGAUUCCGCAAAAACCUUAACCUUAUCCGAGGAGUAUAUGUUGAAGGAGAAGGAAGAGAAGCUGGAUAUGGUUACAAAGCCUGCAGAAGAAUCUGAGAUGAAGAACACUGACAGUGCCGCCGCUGAAGAAGUGUCCAGUUCAAUAACUGAUGAAACCCCUGUUGUUGGCAGUAGUAACGAUGUUGACUCUGCCGCUGCUGAUGAAAGCAGUGCAGAAUCUAGUGCUGCAGCUGAAGAAAGCAAUGAAACCACUCCUAGUGCAGGGGAGGGUGACAGUGAAGCCACAGAGGCUGCUGCUGACAAUAGCAGUGGAAAUGCUGAACAAGAAGACUCUAGGGAUCAAGAAGGUGAAGAGACACCGGAGAUUAAGCUUGAGACAGCACCAGCAGAUUUCCGUUUCCCAACUACAAAUCAAUCUAGGCAUUGCUUUACCCGAUACAUCGAGUAUCAUCGUUGUGUAGCUGCAAAAGGGGAAGGUGCUCCUGAAUGCGACAAGUUUGCAAAAUACUAUCGCUCUCUUUGCCCUGGUGAAUGGGUAGAUAGAUGGAACGAGCAGAGGGAGAAUGGUACCUUUCCAGGUCCACUGUAGAGGGUGCCUGCUGAAGAAAGUAUAUCUAUGGUAUUCAGAUUUCUUGGAUCUGUCAGAUGAAUUUCACAAAAUGAGAAGCUCAAUAAUUUCCGGCAAACCUCUAUUUAAAGUGGUUAUUUAUUUUUUCCGACUUUUCUUGGAACUAGUUUUGAGUACAGAAACACAAAUGUUGCACUCGUGACGAAGAUGGAACUCUCUUUCCAUCAGUCUUUUAAAGUUCGAUUUGUUGUGAAAGUUGUGACGACGACAUGUCACCGAGAAGCAAAUACGUAAUCAGUGUCCUACAUUUUCUAUUCUUCACGUAAUAAGAAGUUAUUGCCGGCGGGAUUAUCAUA